AUGGACAACGAUACUAGUUUUCCUGCUUUGUCUGACAGUGAAAUAAUUGUGGGUAAAUACGAAGGUCAUGAACGUUCUCAAUUAACCAAAGCAAUUGUUAUUGUUACUAAUUUUCGACUCUUAAUUCGUUGGAAAGCGACGAUUUGUGGUUGUGUUAAUCGUUCUUCUUAUUCUUCGAUCAUACUCGAUUCAAUUGAUCGCAUCGACGAAACACGUCUCGAUGAGAAUCUCACAUUUCUCUCGAUAUCUAUAUUACUCGUAGGACUCAUUUCUUGUAUAUGUGGCUUUAUUUACGAAACACAAUGGCNUGUCUGA